CAGUGACCCUGGGGGCCAGGGAGUGAACCUUGUCCCCGUGGCCUGGAGGCCCGUCACAGAGGGACGGCAGGCACUGCCAUCGGCCACAUCAUGGCGAGCCCGUGUCGCCUGGUCCUGCUCAGCGUCUCCCUGGCCGGCCUCCUGCUGCCUGGGGGGAGCGUGUUCGUCAGCCGGGAGCACGCCAACACCGUCCUGCAGAGGGCCAGGAGAGCCAACUCCUUUCUGGAAGAGGUGAAGCAAGGAAACCUUGAGCGGGAGUGCAGGGAGGAGACUUGCUCAUACGAAGAGGCCCGGGAAGUCUUCGAGGACGUCGUCCAGACGAAUGAAUUCUGGAAUAAAUACAAAGACGGCGACCAGUGCGAGGACAGCCCCUGCCUGAACCAGGGCAGCUGCCGGGACGGCCUUGGGGAGUACACGUGCACCUGUCCAGACGGCUUCGAAGGCAGGAACUGCGAGCUGUUCUCCCGGAAGCUCUGCAGCCUGGACAACGGGGACUGUGACCAGUUCUGCCGUGAGGAGCAGAACUCGGUGGUGUGCUCCUGCGCCCGCGGCUACACCCUGGGUGACGACGGCAAGUCCUGCGUCUCCACAGAGCCUUUCCCCUGUGGGAAACAGAUUCUCGGACGCAGGAAGAGGUCAGCGGCCCAGGCCACCAACAGCAGUGGGGAUCCCCCCGAGACCUCCACGGUGACUUGGGACAACCCAGAUGGCCUGACCCCCACGAGGGGCACCCUCGACCUGCUCAACUCGGGCCAGCCGUACCCAGAGGGGGACUACAGCAACAUCAUCCAUGGCCGCGAGUGCCAAGAUGGGGAGUGCCCCUGGCAGGCACUCCUCAUCAACGAGGAGGAUGAGGGCUUCUGCGGGGGCACCAUCCUGGGCCCCUUCCACAUCCUCACCGCGGCGCACUGUCUGCUCCAGGCCAAGAGGUUCAAGGUGAGGGUAGGGGACCGGGACACCAAGAAGGAGGACGGGGGCGAGACGCUGCACGAGGUGGAGCUGAUCAUCAAGCACAACAAGUUCGUGAAGGCCACCUACGACUUCGACAUCGCCGUGCUCCGGCUGAAGACGCCCAUCACCUUCCACCAGAACGUGGCCCCAGCCUGCCUGCCCGAGAAGGACUGGGCCGAGACCACGCUCAUGGCGCAGAAGACGGGCAUCGUGAGCGGCUUCGGGCGCACCCACGAGAAGGGCCGGCCGUCCACCACGCUCAAGAUGCUGGAGGUGCCCUACGUGGACCGCAGCGUGUGCAAGCUGUCCAGCAGCUUCACCAUCACCCAGAACAUGUUCUGUGCCGGCUACGACACCAGGCCCGAGGACGCCUGCCAGGGCGACAGCGGGGGCCCCCACGUCACUCGCUUCAAGGACACCUACUUUGUGACGGGCGUCGUCAGCUGGGGGGAGGGCUGCGCCAGGAAGGGCAAGUAUGGGGUCUACACCAAGGUCGCCGCUUUCCUCAAGUGGAUCGACAAGUCCAUGAGGACCCGGGCGGCAGCCCACCCCUCGCCCACCGCCCUCCCGGGGGAGCCCCAGCCCACGGCCCAGCCCAGGGCCCCCACCCACCUACCACCCUCCCCAGAGAGCCCCAGCCCCAGCCCCUCCCCAGUAAAUGCCUGGCCUGGAGACUCGCAGAGCUGGUGUCUGUUUACCUCGGGCCUGUCCCCUGGUGAGUCCCGGAGAGGCCCCGCCUCAGCGCCAACUGCUCCCUGCAGGCUCCGUCACGCCCCCUGGUGGGCACGCCUCUCCCUACCAGGCUGGCCACUUCAGGGACUCACGUGCUCCCUGGAGCCGGGAUGGGGUCCCUCAGCCCCCGGCACAGCCUCUCUGAGAACAGACAGGCGGGAAGGCUCCCUCGAGCGUGCCGUGGGGCCCAGGUCCCGGGACAGAAGUGCCGGACGCUCUUUACUGGCCUUUUUAAAUUUUUCUUUCCCAGGAGGUGCAGGUGCUGGCCAGGGCAGACGGGGAAGAGCAUGCCCAUGUGCGGCAUCUCUUGUACUCCCUCCUCUCCUUCCUUAGGGUGCGUGCUUCUCC